AUGAUACAAUCGACUUAUUUAUUAAUAUUAUAAUGUCGUGAUUACGACGGAGGUCAACGUUAAGGAAAAUAAAACACAGUUGUCUAUGUUUAAACGUUAAGUGACCAUCGUGACGGUACGACGUGAUGCUGGAUUUAAAACCAUGAACAAAUUAAUAAUACUGUUCGCGGUGUGCUCCCUGGCCCACGGCAGGGCGCAGAAUGAAAACACGACCGGUGAUCUGGAUGCGAUAAUACGCGAAUUGUUCGGUACACCCAGUACACCAUCAUCAGGGAACGCGGUCACCAGUGCCAGCACCAGCCAAGCGACGCCCUCCACCAUCGUGCCGCCGCCGAAAGUUAACCAAGACACAGAGUACACUCCUUGCACCAUGGAGAAUGGAGGACAAGGAGAGUGUGUCAGAUACUACCUCUGUAACACAAACAACUCAGUGAUCACUGAUGGUGUGGGCAUUAUCGAUAUAAGGGUUCAAGAUGGUCCAUGCCCAUCCUACCUCGAUGUAUGCUGCGCUGUGCCAGAUACCAGGAACCCAGACAACCCCAUAACACCAGCACCACCUGUCACAGAACAGCGCCAAGGUUGCGGAUGGAGGAACCCAGAUGGUGUCGGAUUCCGUAUCACCGGCGAUAAGGACGGCGAAGCCAAGUUCGGAGAGUUCCCAUGGAUGGUGGCUAUAUUGAAUUUGGAUUAUUUGGUUGAUCCCAGGAUAGAGCCAGUUAACGACAACGAACCGGAUGGUCAGAAACUGAACGUUUACGUGGGUGGUGGGUCCUUGAUACACCCCAAAGCGGUGCUGACAGCGGCGCAUUAUGUCACCGUUACGAAGGCUCUGAAGGUCAGAGCUGGGGAGUGGGACACGCAGACCACUAAGGAGAUAUAUCCGCACCAGGAUCGCGACGUUGUUAAGACAAUAGUGCACAAGGACUUUAAUAAGAAUAACCUAUUUUACGAUAUUGCUUUAUUAAUUCUGUCAUCCCCACUGGAACUGGCGCCCAACGUGGGGGUGGUGUGCCUCCCGCCCCCCCGGGAGCGCGCUGUGGGGGGGACACAGUGCUUCGCUUCAGGGUGGGGCAAGGAUAAAUUCGGAAAGGAGGGAAGGUACCAGGUCAUAUUGAAGAGGGUCGAAUUACCGGUUGUGGAAAGACGCCAAUGUCAAACUGCGUUGCGCAAAACGCGUUUGGGACAUUUCUUCGAACUGCACACCUCGUUCAUGUGCGCGGGGGGAGUGGGGGGGAAGGACACGUGUAAAGGGGAUGGGGGUUCGCCCCUCGUCUGCCCCAUACAGUACGAAAAGGACCGCUUCGUUCAAAACGGUAUUGUGGCUUGGGGGAUCGGUUGCGGGGAGGACGGUACCCCCGGCGUGUAUGUGGACGUCGGUAACCUCCGCGACUGGAUAGACAACAAAAUGGCUGGCGAGAACCUCGAAGUCAAGACUUACUCUUAUUAAAUAGAUAUUGCAUGA